AUGUUUUCAAAUCAUUUACCAUCCGCUCAACAUUAUGAAUAUUCAUUUACGGGUAGUUGUGCUGGUGGAAAAUCAAAUUCAUUAUAUGAUUCUACUACAGCUUCAAUAUCUACUGCUACAUCAUCGAGUAGUCCAACAUAUCAUUCAUCAUAUCAUCAUCAUUUUUCAUCAACAGCAGCUUAUUCAUCAAAUUCAUCACCGUUUACUAUACCAGGAGAUUCUACAAAAAAUAAUCUUAAUUAUUCGCAUCCAUUUCCCGUUGUGCCUGCUUUGAAUAUGAAUGUUAAUGUGACCAUGAGUCCUCUUUAUCCAUCAUCAUCAACAUCACAAUGUACAAAUACAGCAUCAAUGAAACCAUAUUAUUCAAUGCAAAAUUCUAUUAUUGAUGGAUAUUUUACUGAAAAACUGAUGAAUGGUAAUAACGAUCCAUUAUCAUCUGGACAUCAAAAAAUGACACAAAAAGGAAAAAAAAUCCGUAAACCACGAACAAUUUAUUCUAGUUUACAAUUGCAACAAUUAAAUAAACGUUUUCAACGUACACAAUAUUUAGCAUUACCAGAACGAGCUGAAUUAGCUGCAUCAUUAGGACUUACGCAGACACAGGUAAAAAUAUGGUUUCAAAAUAAACGUUCGAAAUUCAAAAAAAUCAUUAAACAAACUCAAAAAACUAGCCCUAAUGGUACAAUAACAACUGUUUUAAAUGCAUCCACAUCCGAUAUGAACGAUGAACAACAAUAUUCCGAUGAUGAUGAUGAUAGUAGUAACGACGGUGAAGAUCGAGAUUUAAAAGCAGAUGAGAGUAAAGAUGUAGAUACAAAAAUCUCUACGAAUAUUGAUUCGAAAAUUAACAUAAUGAACAACAAUCAUUGUACAGCAAAUCUACUACCACCGUCAUUCGUAAAUAAUUCGUCAUUGUUUCCUACUAAUGAACAGUCUUGCGAUUUAUUACGAUCACAUUUUGGCGGCGAUUAUUCAUCGGCAGCAGCUGCUUUCUGGAGUCCAUAUGAUCCAAUGAACUAUUACCAAAAUCAUUCACAAACGCAGACAGCUACGACCAGUGUACUACAACCAUAUUCAACACCAAAGUGUGCUGCAUAA